AUGGGAGGAGAGGGAUGCUCCCUGGCCCAGCAGACUUCCCUGCAGGCAGUCCUCUGGGACCCCAGGGGCUGUGCUGGCCUGACGGGGCUGGAGGAGGAGCAGGCUCUCCUGGCCCACAUGAAGGUGGAGUAAUGCCAUGGCGUGUUGGGCUUCUGCCAGGUGCGAGCCUGCUGGAAGCUCCUGCCUCCCUGCCAUGUGGGCAACGUCCUCAAGGAAGAGUCUGAGGGGGCAACAGAGGUUUUCCCGAAGAGGGUGGGUUCCCGCCAGCUCCUGGUGCCCAGGAGCUCUCACUUCAAGCCCUACACGGCUCACGGCCUGCUCUACCUGUGGGCCAGCCCGGACUCGUGCGAGCGGGACCCUCGGCACGGCACCCUCGGCACCUCGGGCCCACAGUGCAAGGGGACAUGGCCGGCCAGGGACCGCUGCGAGCUCCGGUGCUGCGGCAGGGCGGCCCGGGCCGAGGUGCGGGAGCGCUGCAGCUAAUUCCGCUGCUGCUGCUCCAUCAAGUGCAAGCAGGGCCGGCACCCCGUGGAGGUGCUCAGUCUGAUCUCAGUGCCAGGGAAUGUUAUGGAACGAGUUAUCCUAAGUGCAAUCACGCAGCACAACCAGGGAAUCAGCCCUAGCCUGGAUGGGUUCAUAAAAGGCAGGUCCUGCAUGGCCAAGCUGGUCUCCUUUUACGACUAG